UUAUUCCUUUAAUAUUUCUCUUAUAUAUAUAUAGUCUAAUAAACAUAAACAUAGCAUAGUGAAUUCAACCAUUCAAGCAACAAUCUAAAAUUCAUUCCAAUAUAGUGAGAAAACCAUCAUAGAUUUCAUUCUCAUUGACCACAUCCUCUACCAAGUUUAAGCUAUUCAAAACAUGGAAAUAAAAAAGUACUUGAGCAAACGGGGCUACCGGCGAUUCGACUAUGGCAUGAUGACCACUACCGGACGACGGAAGAAGAUGCAGACGGUACGGAUGAAAAGUCCACCGCGAAGGGAUUGGAGGAUCAAAACAACCCCAAAGCUAAGAUGGAUGAUAAGAUCACCAUUGAAGUUGGUGACAAAGGUUAAGAAUAUUUAUAUGAACAUUAUGUUGAAGUUGGCUGGUAAAGUAGGAGGGGCAUUGAACACUGAUAACAAGUUUGGUGUGAAACGGAUUCCAAAGCUUCGUCAAGCGUCUUCUAAAGGUUAUUCUGGUGAUGCAUUUGAGGCUAGACUUAUAUUUGAGAUUUCUAAGACUUUGGUUGCUUCACAUGAACUAUAUUCCAUGUGAUUUUUUUUUUCUUUCUUUUUUACAUUUUGUUAUCUAAAUUUUGUUGUGUAAAGUUCCACAUGAUUCCCCAUUAGGAAAUGUUGAGGAAUCAAUUCAAUUGUAUUUUAGUUUAGAGUAUUGUGCAUGAAUACAUAAGUUUUUUCACUUGAAUCA